CCUUGAGGAAGGGCCGCGCAUGCGUUGAUGGGGCAGGCAGGAGUUAAUGACCCAGGUGCCGGGGAGCCGUUGGAUUCAUGAUGUUGCAAACUGAGGCUUGUACAUUUGCCUCUUGUUAUUCAAGCUGAUCAACUGAUGUAAUAGUAGAACGUUUGGAGAGAACCCUCAUGCCAUUUGGUAGAAGAAUAUGAGUGGGUCAAAGCCGGACAUCCUAUGGGCUCCUCACCAUGUAGACCGAUUUGUUGUUUGUGAUUCUGAACUUUGCCUCUAUCGUACUGAAUCAGUAGGAAAUUUUGAAGCUAAAGCUGGUUCUUUGAGACUCUCAGAGGAUACCACAGCCACAUUGCUGGCAAUUAACUCUGACACUCCCUAUAUGAAAUGUGUUGCUUGGUAUCCUAAAUAUGACCCAGAGUGUUUACUUGCUGUUGGUCAAGCCAAUGGACGGGUUGUCCUUACUAGCCUUGGUCAAGAUCGCAAUUCUAAAUGCAGAGAUUUGAUAGGAAAGGAAUUUGUUCCUAAGCAUGCCCGUCAGUGUAACACGUUAGCUUGGAACCCUGUAGACAGUAAUUGGCUUGCUGCUGGACUGGACAAACACAGAGCAGAUUUCUCCGUACUCAUCUGGGAUAUCAGCAGCAAAUAUACACCAGAGAUAGCUGUCCCAGCAGAGAAGGUUCGUCUUUCUGCUGGUGAUACUGAUGCUGGCCUUGUUGUAACAAAGCCUUUGUAUGAGCUGGGACAAAAUGAUGCAAGCCUGUCUCUUUGCUGGCUCCCAAGAGACCAAAAGCUCCUGCUGGCAGGCAUGCACCGCAAUCUUGCAAUUUUUGACUUGAGAAACACCAGCCAAAAAAUUUUUGUCAAUACAAAAGCUGUUCAGGGUGUAACUGUUGAUCCUCACUUCCAUGACCGUGUAGCAUCUUUCUUUGAAGGUCAAGUGGCAAUUUGGGACUUAAGGAAGUUUGAAAAGCCAGUACUGACACUGACUGAGCAACCAAAACCACUAACAAAAGUGGCAUGGUGUCCAACUAGAACUGGUUUGUUAGCUACAUUAACAAGAGAUAGUAAUAUAAUUCGCCUGUAUGAUAUGCAGCACACUCCAACACCUAUUGGGGAUGAAACGGAACCUACCAUAAUAGAAAGAAGUGUACAACCAUGUGAAAACUACAUUGCCUCCUUUGCUUGGCAUCCAACAAAUCAAAACCGUAUGGUUGUAGUGACACCUAACAGAUUGAUGACAGAUUUCACUGUCUUUGAGCGAAUAUCACUGGCUUGGAGUCCAACUACUUCUCUCAUGUGGGCUUGUGGAAGACACUUGUAUAACUGCAGUGAAGAAGGAGAAGCUAGUUCUGGAGAGAAAGAUGUUGCUACAAAAAUGAGGCAACGGGCAUUAUCGAGAUAUGGACUUGACACAGAGCAAGUAUGGCGAAAUCAUUUAUUGGCAGGCGAUGAUGACCCACAGCUGAAGUCAUUAUGGUACACUCUGCAUUUCAUGAAACAAUAUGCUGAAGAUGCAGAUCAGAAAUCUGUGAACAGAGUGCCUCUCGUAUACUCUGGUAUUAAAACAAUAGUGAAAUCUAGUGCAGAAAGAAAGACAGAAAAUUAUAAACACGGCUGGACUGGGUGUGAUCGGCAGAUGGAUUUUAUCAGAUACCAAAGCGAGGAACGAAGCUUGGCUCUGCAACUUUGUGGUUGGAUACAGAAAGGGCCAGAUAUUGAUGUGGGUCCCUUCCUGACUUCAUUAGAGGAAGGAGAAGAAUGGGAGCGUGCGGCUGCUGUUGCACUUUUUAACCUUGACAUUCGAAGAGCUAUAGAGAUUCUAAACAAGGGAGCUGCUUUGGGAAAAGGAGAUUUAAACCUGAAUGUUGUAGCUAUGGCACUGUCAGGUUACACAGAUGAAAAGAAUUCUUUGUGGCGAGAAAUGUGUAGCUCCUUGAGACUGCAGCUAAAUAAUCCUUAUCUAUGUGUCAUGUUUGCCUUUUUGACAAGUGAACCAGGGUCAUAUGAUUGUGUGCUGUAUGAGAGCAGUGUAGCAGUACGUGAUCGAGUGGCUUUUGCUAACAUGUUCCUAAAUGAUUCCCAGAUCCUUCGGUAUAUUGAUAAAUUGACAAAUGAAAUGAAAGAGGCUGGAAACCUGGAAGGAAUCCUUUUAACAGGCCUAACCAAGGAUGGGAUUGACCUGAUGGAGAGUUAUGUAGAUAGAACUGGUGAUGUGCAGACAGCAAGUUUCUGCAUGUUACAGGGCUUUCCAAGUGAUGUUGUGAAAGAUCCCAGAGUCCAAUAUUGGAUAGAGAAUUAUAGAAACUUACUUGAUGCUUGGAGGUUUUGGCAUAAGAGAGCUGAAUUUGACAUCCACAGGAGCAAGUUGGACCCAUUUUCUAAACCUCUUGCACAGGUGUUUGUGAGCUGCAACUUCUGUGGAAAGUCAAUAUCAUAUAGUUGUUCUGCCAUGCCACACCAAGGCCGAAGUUUCAGUCAAUAUGGUGUUAGUGGUUCUCCGACGAAAUCAAAAGUCACAAGUUGUCCAGGAUGUCGUAAACCUCUUCCCCGUUGUGCACUUUGUCUUAUCAAUAUGGGAACUCCAGUUUCAAGUUGUCUAGGAACUGGAAAGUCUGAUGAAAAGGUUGAUCUCAGCAAAGACAAGAAAUUGGCUCAGUUCAAUAACUGGUUUACUUGGUGUCAGAACUGUCGUCAUGGAGGUCAUGCUGGUCAUAUGCUCAGUUGGUUCAGGGAUCAUCAUGAAUGCCCAGUGUCAGCCUGUAACUGUAAAUGCAUGCAGUUGGAUACAACUGGAAACCUCAUCCCAGCAGAAACAUCUCAGAGCUAAAAUGCAUGAAUACAAGGGACUAUUGUCUUUGAAAACCUUCAUGUGUAUCUUCUGAGCAACUGUUGCUGUCAAAAUAAUACAAAAGAACUUCCAUCAUCUUGGCAGUUUGUCUGUCUGAAUGAUUUUUGUGUUGUAUAGCAGAAAUGUCCUUGAGUGUCAUGAUUUUGGAGCUGGUCCAGUUCAUUUCAAGAUUUUUCUGGAAUUGACUUGCGAUUCUGACCAUCGUUCAAGAAAUGCCAUGGAUGAUACUGAAAAUAGUACUUGAACUUGCCACUAGAAAUGAACCAAUAUUUGUAUUUUGUCUCUAAUAGUCAUUUUAACUUGUUGAGAACAACUGAAUGAGACACUUCACAAAUACUGUUUGGAUUCACCUUAUACAAAUUUAUACAAGCUUGUUUUUCAGUUCUGGGAAAUUAGUAUUCUUGAACAUAGAGGAAAUGCCACAAAACGUGGCAUUAAGCAAAUUUAGAAAAUUGGUUAUUACUCCAUUAUAACUUAUUUCACUUCAUAUUCUGAAUUUCCACAUAAUUCUAAAUGCUGCAAAAAGGAAUAUCUGUACACUUCUGCAUAUCAGUACUGAGGAGUUAAAUUCUCUCUUCCUGUGAUGUCAUUAAAGACUAUAAACCUGUGAUUCACUACCUUUAUUAAAUUUAGAGUAUACUGUCUAUUCAUUUCUAUGCAGAUAUAUUGGAGGCAUAUGGUCCUUUACUAAAGCAAUAACUGUUUAGAGAAAUACUAAUUCAUGAUCUAAAAUCAGGUUCAACUUGGCAGUUUAAUUGUUAAAAUCUAAUAUGGCUGUGGUCACAUUCAUGAAAUUUUGACAAAUAAAUUAUCUAGUAAUGUGCAAAAAUACUGGACGUAUUAGUUUACUUGAGUUGUGAAAAAGUAAUUUGCACAAUGUGUAAACUUCAUUUACUGUUCAUAUUACUUCUCAUGUGUCUGCCUAAAACCAAAGGUGUUCUAUUUUUAACUGGUGUCUCAAAUUUGUAAAUAAAGUGUGCAUGUUUUCUCAAAGUGUUUUCCUUCUAUAAAAGCUUUUCAGAAGGUUGUGGAGGUUGUUUGAGGUGCAUGGUUUUAAGAACAAAAUGUCAAUUAUAUGAAAUCAGUACCGGAGGCUCAUGCAAAUAAAAUUAAUUAUAAUGUACUGAGGCUCAAAUUAAGCCUCAAUGGCACUUGAUGUUCAGAAUAUUACAAGUUAUCCAGCCAAAUAUAUUCAGUUUUGUUUGGAAAAAAGAGAAACACUAACCUGAGGGGCUGAUAUCUGCCACUGUUGAAAAUUUUUAAAUGUUCUGACCACAAUAUAAGUGAAUGCCUCUAAAGGGGAGAGUAGACUUGUCCCCCUUCUAUGAUAAACUAAAGAAGGUUAGAGGAUGCAUAUAAAGUUCAUUUGUAGGAGGAGGGUGGUGUUGUUGAGCAGACCAGCAUUUAUUACCCAUCCUUAAUUGCCAAGAAGGCAAGUAACUAUCAACCAUGUUGCCAACCAUGGUUAGUAGUGCUCGUAUACUAUCACCUCCACCGCCUCAGUUACAUCAGGUAUUUUGAGGUCUCCAAAAAUGAUUGAGGUUGGGUCAUUGAAUAUUCUUGAGGUAGAGGCAGAUGAAUUCUUGAUAUGCAAAUGAAUCAAAAAGUUUAUUGGGGUUAGAUGUAAAUGUGGAAUUCAAAGUACUUACAGAUCAGCCAUAAGCUUUUUGAACGAGGAGCAAGCUUGAGGAAAUAAAUGACCUACUGUUCCCAAAUCAUAGUUGUUUGUACUUACAAUGGAUGUUUCUCAGUUUAUGGUAGUAAGAUAGUUUUCAGAUAUAGAAUCAAAGUUCAUGUAGUAUACAUGACAUUGUUCUUCCAUCUUUAAUAUAUUUUGUCAACGCUUUUCACCUUUUAUUCACCAGGACAAUCCAAAAGUAAUAUCUAAGUAAAGGAAAAACACUUGUGUAUGAGAGGAAAAUGCUGAUUUGUUGGCAAGUGGACUCUGGUUGAUUUUGCAAUGCAAUGCCUUGAUCAGAAUGACUGCUGCCUGUUGUGUUGAGUUGGAGCAGAUGCAGGAUGUGUUCUUUAACCUGCCCGAUGCAUUCUCCAUUGUAACACUCAUAUGAGAAUCUACUUGCCAAUUGGUUGGCAUUCUUCUCUCCGUCAGUACAAUUGUUUGGUUUCCUUUAAACUGGUAUUUCUCAUGCAUCGUCCUAAUGAGUGCAAGAUAAAAAUCUUUGCUAAACUUUUUUUUUCAGCAAUACUCGAAUCUGUAGUGCCUAAUAACAUAUUCUGAUCUUCAAUCUGUGCCACUCAAAGUAAACUAAUAACCAUUUGUACUCGAAAUGGUCCCUAAUUCAGCAGUAUUUUGAGUCCGUAUUUUGGCUUUAUACAUUUCAGGGCAGAAGUUAAAAUAAUUGAAGCAGCAAUUCAGAAAUACAAAAAAAAAUUAAUCUUUACUGAAAUUCAAACAAACUUGAGUACAUUCAUUGACAGUAAUCUGGUCAAAGUGUUUUAACCUAAAUGUCACCAAUGAAAUGUUUGCUCUGUUAUAAUCCAAUUUUAAAACAAAUUAGUAAGCCAGUAUAUUUUACACUGCAAUCCUUUGAAUCUUAAUGUUUACGUUUUACAUGUUCUUGCAGGUCAAGUACUAUGAUUUGUCAGCUCCACAUAUGAAAAAAAAACAAUUUUUUAAUCUCUCUUGAUCUUAAGUAUCCAUGUAAAAUUAUCUUUCCACAAAUAUGUCUUGGAAUAUUGCAAAACA